ACCAUUCUCUCUGUUUCCUCCUUUCCUCUGUUCUCCUCUAGCUCUUCCUUCUCUGCAGGAUUUCUCCAGCUUUUUUCUCAAAGAAAAAUCUCAUCUUUUUGAUUGGAUUAAUCAGAGGUUGGAGUUAAUUUUCAUCUCAACUACUGGACGAGCUGGCGAUUGAGAACCACAAAAGCUUUGGUUUUGUGAGGACAAAGCAGAAGAAAGUGAUGGUUGGUCCAAUGAUCAGAAUGGGAAAUGAGGAAUUAGAACCUCCAUGGUUGAGACCAUUACUGAAAACAAGCUUUUUCAAACCCUGUGAAAUCCAUGCUGAAUCCACUAAGAAUGAGUGUAAUAUGUAUUGCUUAGAUUGCAUGGGCACUGCUCUUUGUUCUUACUGUCUCUCUAAUCACAAAGACCAUCAUUACGUUCAGAUUAGGAGAUCAUCAUAUCAUAAUGUGAUUAGAGUUUCGGAAGUGUCAAAGUUCAUAGACAUUUCAUGUGUGCAAACAUACAUCAUCAACAGUGCUAAGAUUGUGUUUCUGAAUGAGAGGCCACAACCAAGGCCUGGCAAGGGAGUCACAAACACUUGUGAAAUUUGUUGCAGAAGCUUGUUGGAUUCCUUUAGAUUCUGUUCUCUUGGUUGUAAGCUUGGAGGGAUGGAGAGAGGUGACCAGGAGUUGACCUUUAAUCUAAGGCCAAAACUGAGUCGUGACUCAAUCCAUGGAUUCGAGUCUGAUGAUUCUUAUACUCCGAGGAAGCUUAUGAGGGCCUCGGUCUUUGCUGCAAUGCCGACAGGCUCACCGGAUCGGUGGAGGACGUGGUCGGAGGAUGAAGGUGGUAAUAAUACAAGCAAUAGCAUUUCUCCGGCCACUCCUCCGAUGAUCAACUACCGAACUUCUCGUCGGAAGGGUAUACCUCACAGAGCUCCUUUCUGAUGAACUUAUGUAAGUACAUGUAAAUGCAGCAUAGAAUAAAAUCAAAACAACAAAAUAGUUAAAAAGUAUGAAAGAAACCCUAGAGCUUUUUUGUUUAUACUGAUCAUAAAACAAAAAAGCUCUGAUGAUCAUGCAGUUAGUUAGUCAGGUGUGUUCAUGUUCAAUAUUAAUUAAUCCUGUGUGUAUAUAUAUAUGUAUAUAUAUCAAAUUAACCAUGCAUUCUUCUUAUCAUGCAUGCAUGCAUGGUUGAUCUACAAAUAGGGUUUUCAUUUACUGUAAACAAAGUUUUAGUUGCAGUGUAGCAUAUAUAUAUAUAGACAUAUGGCACAGUAAAAA